UUAUUGUGAAAAACAAAGGCAGUGGGCAGCGGAAGAAGAAACGUCAUUUUCGGAUUGCUCCUCCUUUUAUGAAGAUUCUGACAAAGGAGUAGGCUUUUUUUUUUCAUCAAACCAAUUUAUUAUUCGCUUUUCAUAUUAAACUUUUUACAAUCCAUUGUCAUUGUAUGAUUGAGGAUUUCUAGACGCUCACCCAGAUCCCACAAUAGAAAGUGGCCUAACCGGAGUGUGGAAUCUACAGGUCUCUUCUGAGGUAUUAUUCAUGCCGGAACUGCGAGGAAUAUCGAGUGAAUGACUGAGUGGAGAGAGUGCCCAAGACAGCUAUCCCAGAGAACACCGAAUAUGAGAACUCGAAUCAGGGUUAUAAUGUAUUCUCUAUUACUUUUGGUUUUAGUAGUGCAGGUGAGCAGGCCAGUAUGUGUGGAUGUGCCCUCGGAAACAGAGGCAGUCGUUGGGAACCCAAUGAAACUGACCUGCAUCUCCUGUAUGAAGAGAGAGGAGGUCAGUGCAGAGACACGCGUUGACUGGUACUACAUCUCACCUGACGACGAACCCAUCCCUAUCUACCUGUUUGAUGGGCACCCCAGGGAGCUGGAGGGACCUUGGCGGGGUCGCCUGGUGUGGAAUGGAAGUAAAGACCUGCAGGAACUUUCCAUCAGUAUCCUCAACGUCACAAUGAACGACACAGGCACCUAUAAUUGUGUGGUGUUCCGACAGUUUGAGUUUGACUCCUACUCGCACUCGGUUACCAAAACCCUGGUAAUCAACCUGGUGGUCCGAGAGGAAGCCAGUGACGACACCACUGCCCUGUACUCAGAGAUCAUGAUGUACGUCCUGCUGGUCUUCCUCACCUGCUGGCUCCUGGUGGAGAUGGUUUACUGCUACAGGAAGAUCUCCAAGUCAGACGAGCAGGCCCAGGACACCGCGACAAACUACCUAGCCAUUCCCUCCGAAAAUAAAGACAACCUGGGUGUUCCAGUUACAGAAUAAAAGUGAUUGUCUCAACACCAGUACUGACCAACCGUGCACCAAGCAGUUCAUGGUCACCUGACGAUACAGACUGACGUCCCCGAAGGGAACAUUCAGUGAAGAUGUCACAACACCUCUCAGCAACUUUGUCUUGGUCUUGCGGUGUGAGCUAGCUCAAAUGCUCAAGUACACUCUCCUUUCUUAUUUCACUCUGUACCACUCUGUGCCAGACAGCAGUGAUUUGAUGAGUAAUACGUUGUUUAUGCUAUUUGAAUGUCACCCACAGAAAGAAAACAGAACCUACUGUUACGGAGGACCAAGGAAUUACUUCAAAGUAAAUUACUCACACUUUUAAAUGCGCAAAAUGCUGUUCAAUUGCUAAUAAUUAUGCUGCACUGCACAUAAUUGGGAGCCCAUAAAAACUUCUGGUACAUUCUUUUCACAUCAUUUUUACUCUACUGAUAGAAUAUGACGAGAUUAUGGGUCAAGGUUUUUUCUCUUAUACGACCGGUGUCUCGUUGUUAUCUUUUUACAGAAAUUGGAGUGCACAGCUUUUCAAGUUUACUUCACCUAAGUUGUUUGGUGAAAGAAAAUAUUUAAUGCACAGUAUGACUUUGGUCCCAGAGUUGCCCUCCAUCUUUUACUCACACCAUCAAUAUGGCAUUUUAUUUACUCCGUUUUUUGUAAGGUAUAAAGUUUACUCAAUGGCAUCUUAAGACGUUGAAAACAAUGAUGCUGCAGAAUGCAACUACUGUACUGCCCCCAAUAGCCAAACACUUGAUCACGCUAAACCAUACGCUGGUUGUUGAGGUUGUUUUUUUCAUCUACAGUAGCACUGCUGUUGAGACUCAAAUGUGUGCCUACUUCUAUAGUUACUAUUAGUGUAUACACUGUAUUGUGUACUAUCGUACUAUAUAUGUCGCUGUAUAUCUUAUACACUGUAUCUCUGUUUUGAGCUAUUAAAGGACAAUUGCAUUCCAAAUGUA